GCGGGAGGAGGCCCGGGGGUGAGGUGGGGUCAGGUCGGGUCGGGAGAGGCGGCGGCCGGGUCCACUCGCGGCGACCACGCCGCUGGUUCCUAGGCGGCGGGACGGGAGGCGCGUGUUGCAUUCGCCACGGAAGUUUUGGCGGCUCUCUUGGGGUGUAGGAGUGUAGCCGAGAGAUCUUCUGGUUUCUCCUUUGCCUGCCUCACACACCACUUGGACUGUCUUUUGGUUCUCACCUGCCUCUUAACUGACAAGUGCAGUCAUGGCUCGUGGUCCUAAGAAGCAUCUGAAGCGGGUAGCUGCUCCAAAGCAUUGGAUGCUGGAUAAACUGACUGGUGUGUUUGCCCCUCGGCCAUCCACCGGUCCCCACAAGCUGAGAGAAUGUCUGCCUCUCAUCAUUUUCCUUAGAAACAGGCUUAAGUAUGCCCUGACAGGAGACGAAGUGAAGAAGCUUUGCAUGCAGCGCUUCAUUAAGAUUGACGGCAAAGCCAGGACUGAUAUAACUUACCCUGCAGGUUUUAUGGAUGUCAUAAGCAUCCCCAAGACAGGAGAGAAUUUCCGUCUGGUCUAUGACACCAAGGGCCGCUUUGCUGUCCAUCGCAUUACAUCUGAGGAAGCCAAGUACAAAUUGUGCAAAGUGAGAAAGGUCUUUGUGGGCACAAAGGGAAUCCCUCAUCUGGUGACCCACGAUGCUCGCACCAUUCGCUACCCAGACCCCCUCAUCAAGGUGAAUGACACUGUUCAGAUCAAUCUAGAGACUGGCAAGAUAGCUGAUUUUAUCAAGUUUGACACCGGCAACCUGUGUAUGGUGACCGGUGGUGCUAACUUGGGAAGAAUUGGUGUGAUCACUAAUAGAGAGAGGCACCCUGGUUCUUUUGAUGUUGUUCAUGUGAAAGAUACCAAUGGCAAUAGCUUUGCCACUCGGCUUUCUAAUAUUUUUGUUAUUGGCAAAGGCAAUAAGCCUUGGAUUUCUCUUCCCCGAGGAAAAGGAAUCCGCCUCACCAUUGCUGAAGAGAGAGAUAAGAGGCUGGCAGCCAAGCAGUGCAGUGGGUGAACAGCAAGGGGUGAACUCUGGCUCCAGGUUGGAGAGGAUAUGUCUUUGUACAUAAAGUUAAUAAAACAUGGUUUCGUUGUUUAA